AUGUCUUCCUCUGCGACUACUCCUGCGUUCCGUAGCAGAAUCGGCGAGUUCAUUUCCGCCAUAGAAGUUAUUUACCAGGACGAUAAACCAAGCGGCACCGUCAACGGGAUUGGUAAUAGCAAUGCCGAUAUCAAUGCUGGGCAUGGCGGAGAAUACGUGUGGCUCAAAGUCCACUACGCUUCUAAGCCCAGUGAAUUGGUCAGCAACAUCUGGUUUGAACGUCGCAACAGCCAUAUUGAAGGUCGUGACGAUGAUCUUGCCAAGGGAGAUGAGGGACAGUUUCGUUACUUUCAUCUGGACAACGAUAUGUCGGAAGACAAAUUUGUGACCGAGGUUGCCCUUUGGCGAAGCGGUAGCCACCAGGAUGGACUUCCUGAGGAUUGGAACGGAAAGACUACCGAUAUCAACGACAGCCGUGCUGGCGAUUUUCUUUACCUGGUUUGGAAGACCAAGAAGUAUUUCGGACCCAAGAGUCCCUAG